AUGGGCAGAAACAACCAAACCUUCUUUCAACAAAUAGUCCUUUCAGGAUUUCAAGUGCCUCAAAGCGUCAAAAUUCCCUUUUUCCUCUUGCUGUUCAUAUCGUACAGUGUAGCACUAUCCAGCAAUGUCACAAUUCUUACUUUGGUAUCAUCAAGCCCCAGCCUUCAUCAUCCAAUGUUCUUCUUUCUCAGUCACCUUUCUCUGUCUGACAUAAUACUAACCACAAGUAUUGUGCCCACUAUGCUACAUGGUAUACUUAGAGGAGAAUUAUCCAUGCCAAUUCCUGCUUGCAUCACACAGCUUCAGUUCCUUGGUAUUGCAUUAACCUCAGAAUGUUUCAUACUUGCCGUUAUGUCCUACGACAGGUAUUUGGCUAUUUGCAAUCCAUUUCACUAUAUAUCAGUCAUGGACAGUAAGUUUCAGAUUUGGCUCGUCGUUUGUUGCUGGGUUCUUAGUUUCUUAAUUUCCUUUCUAACUGUGAUUUUUGUUAGUAAAUUAGAAUUUUGUGGUUUCAAUGUCAUUAAUCAUUUCUUUUGUGAUUUUGCUCCACUCUUACAACUUUCCUGCUCAGACACAUCUGCUGUGGAGCUAGAAAACCUUGUGGUGGCCAUUCCAACAACUUUGUUUCCAGUGCUAUUCAUAACUGCUACUUAUAUUUGCAUAUUUGUUACUAUUCUCAGGAUCCCAUCUAUCACAGGGAGACAAAAAGCAUUUUCCACGUGUAGCUCACAUUUGUCCGUUGUAGCUAUUUUCUUUGGGACACUCGUUGCACUUUAUGUGGUUCCUUCCAAUGGCCAUUCUUUAACUGCAAAUAAGGUUCUUUCUCUGCUCUACACUGUAAUCACUCCCUUGUUCAAUCCCAUGAUCUACUGCCUAAGGAACAAGGAAAUAAAAGCUGCAUUGAAAAAAUUAGUGCGGUGUGUUUGUAAGUAA